AUGGCGCCGCUUGAACAGCAAUGGGUCAAGGUCCAGCAGAAGACAUUCACCAAGUGGCUGAACAGCAAGCUCAAGAUCCGCGAAGUACAGAUCAACGACCUGAUCAUAGACCUCUCUGACGGUAUCAUACUCAUCCACCUCCUUGAGAUCCUCAGUAACGAGUCCCUCGGCCGCUAUGCCUCCCGACCCAAGCUGCGGGUGCAGAAGUUUGAGAACGUCAACAAAUCGCUCGACUUCAUCCGAAGCAGGAGGAUCCAGCUUACCAAUACCGGUGCCGAGGACGUCGUCGAUGGCAACAGCAAGAUCAUCUUGGGUCUGAUAUGGACCCUUAUUCUGCGAUUCACCAUCAGCGACAUCAACGAGGAGGGUCUCAGUGCGAAGGAGGGUCUGCUGCUGUGGUGUCAGAGGAAGACGGCCUGCUACGACGAAGUCGAAGUCCGCGACUUCUCCACCAGCUGGAACGAUGGGCUCGCAUUCUGUGCCCUGCUCGAUAUUCACCGUCCCGAUCUCAUCGACUACGACAGCCUAGACAAGAGUGACCACCGCGGCAACAUGCAGCUUGCAUUCGACAUUGCUUCAAAAGAGAUUGGUAUUCCCGACCUCCUCGAUGUGGAGGACGUGUGCGAUGUAGCGAAGCCUGAUGAGCGUUCGCUCAUGACAUACAUUGCCUACUGGUUCCACGCCUUCUCGCAGAUGGAGCGCGUAGAGAACGCCGGCCGAAGAGUCGAGAAGUUCGUGGCAAACAUGCAGGGAGCGUGGCAGAUGCAGAACGACUUCGAGCGACGCAUGCGCGAGCUGCUGGACCAAAUCGCCAAGCAGCGCACACAAUGGGAGGACGCCAAGUUCGACGGAACAUACGCAGAUGCUAGGAACCAGUCAACCGAGUUCACAGCGUGGAAGCGCAAGAGCAAGCGAACAUGGGUAGCUGAGAAGUCGGAUCUAGUAGGCCUAUUGGGAAAUAUCAGGACGAAGCUAGCAACAUAUCGGUUGCGACCCUACGACCCACCUGCAGAGCUGAGUCUCGAAGCACUAGACACAGCAUGGACAGGCUUGAUGAAGGCCGAGCGUCAACGUUCCCAAAUCAUCAACGAGACAAUCAGAGACAUCAAGAACGCUCUACGAAAAUCCUUUGCCGACAAAGCAAAUGACUUCGCUUUGGCCCUCAACACACUCUCUACAUCGAUAUCAGCGUUGGAAGGCGAUGUUGAGGACCAGUUGGAGCAUACCAAGGAAAUCAGCAAGUCGCUUGCGCCUUUGGACGAAUACCUCAACCUCAUAGCAUCUAUCGAUGAGCAAUGCGCUGAAGCGAAUAUCGAGGAAAACGACUUCACAACGUAUACAUACGAUGAGCUGGAAUACGAAUUGGGUUUGGUCCGCAACUCCGUAUCAAAGAAACUUGCCUUCCUGGAAAACCAAAUGGUUGCGCGUAACAUGACCAACUUAACUCCCAUACAACUGGAAGAGUUUGAAUCAGUCUUCAGGCAUUUCGACCGCGAUGUAUCCAACUCGCUGGCCGAACUGGAAUUCUCGGCCGCUUUGGCAAGUUUGGGCUUGGUCUACGACGAAGCAGAGAUGCAUGAAAGGUUCCGCGAAACUAGUGGGGGUAAAGACUAUGUCACCUUCGAGCAGUUCAUUCGUUUCAUGGUAGAUGAAACAGAGGAUCAAAACACCGCGGAGCAGGUGUUCGAGUCUUUCAGAGAGGUCGCUGAUGGCAAGCCAUACGUCACAGAACUCGACCUUCGACAUUCACUCGUUCCGGACGAAGUAAUUGACGACCUAAUCGCCACCAUGCCUGAGCACCAAGGCCCAGAUAUGCAAGAAGACCGCGACAUCCCCAAAUUUGACUACAUCACCUACAUGCAGCGGUACAUGGGCGCUGACCGUGCAAACGGCAACAUUGCCGAAGAAGUAAACGGCGACAAACUCUCUUCUGCCACAGCUUACUUCCUACUACAUUACCUCAUCCCGACCUUCAGAGGUCGCAAUCGAGAUCCGGUCUUAAACCGCCAGUACGUCGACCAGAACAGGACAGCGGUCGCCGCAUUCAUGGCGAACAAAACUUCUGAAUCCUUCCGCUUUCUUGACUUGCCGGCUGAGUUGCGACUCAUGAUCUACAAGCUCAUGCCGAAUUUUACCUUUCGUACCCGAUACGUCAAACGCAACAGCAAUGGAGACACUACGAGUAGCUUUACAAUCAUCAGAUAUACUGCACCCACAGCCAUGCUUGCUACAUGCAAGAUGGUUAAGAAUGAAGCCGAAGCGAUUAUCCUCAAGACUACGCAGCGGCUUCAUCCCAUUCGAGUCGACGAGAGUCAUGUUUACCUCAUGGGUUUCAUAACACCUCGAAUUGAAGUCGAUACUCGAGCUCUUUACUUUCUUGAAGCCGAGAAAGGACGGUUCAAGAAAAUCUCUGAAUGGUACUCUCGCAUCCAAACGAACCAACAUACAAAAUUUGAGGCUGCCUUUCCCACGUGCACGCACGAUAUAUGCUCUCUCCUCACUAAACACGGGUAUGUCAUGGAGGGUGGUACACUGGAAGAAGGAGCUCGUGCUCUGGUCAACUUCGCCCGCAAAUCUGGAUACUACUUUCAUAUUCGCCACGAGGGGCCUGCUUGGAAUCGUAUCUGGGCCAUCACUCCGAAGAAGGGCGCCAAUGUCGAGAUAGGUACGACAAUCGCACUGAAUACGUUUGGCAACUCUGUAGUCAAUCGUGCGUCUCUGAAAGUCUUUUUAGUUGCGAUCCAUACACUAUCCACCAUAUCUGCAAAACAGGAAUCUGCUGUCCGCCGGGGAAUCGAUAUCAAUCAGGAGAUGCACCUUAAUCCUGGUUGCGUUCUAUCUUCAUCAUUGCUUUUUGGUGCCAGUCAUAUAGACGAAAGGUUUAAGGAAGUCUAUGAUCAAUUCUGGACAGAAGGCGAGUGGGAUAUUUGA